GAGGCUGGUCCCGAGCUCGGGAGCCGUGGAUUGAUCUGGAAGCCGACCAAUCGGGCGCAUUCCUCGGCCUGAGCCGCCGCAGUAACCGGGCGCGAUUGGAGGAUGCCCUCGGCGGAGAGACGCGCACACACGCACUGGCUCGGCUCGCUCCGUCCGGUCGGUCGCUCGCACGCACACGCAUAGCGAGGCAGAGUAUCCGUCUCUCCGCAAGCCGUGCAGCGAAGCUUCGCUCCGGAGAGGAUGACUGGGGAAGGGGGAGGAAAUUGACAGGUACGGACGAAGGAGGAGAAAAUGAGGAACAAACUCAAAGUCGAGCGUCUUUUUCGCCGUUAAUCAGCUGCUGUGAUGUGCGCGCGGGGGGCUUCACGCGGACAGGACGUUGAGAAUGGCUCUCGGGAUUAACCUCUGCUCUUGGUAGAACUACCCAGAAGUUCGCGUCCGUUUACACAGCCUUUAUUGACUGGGAAAUUCCACUAUGUAAAUGUGUCCCGCUCUUUCUUUUAUUAAACCUUCGGCCUUGGCCAUGAAUACCAGAGGAUCUCCUCGGAUAACGCCUUCCCUAUUUCGGAUCUAGACUCCUCCUCUGCUGGGGCUACAGGGCGGGUCUGCAGCAGUGGCUGUUGGUGGCGGCUGCGGCGGCGGUGGCAGGACGACCUUGCCACCUUGGAACACGGGGAUAACUUUACAAAAUCAGGCACCACCAUGAGGAUAUCCACCACCUCUUGUCUCUGUCCCUUUCUGGUCUGCCUCUGCUUCAUCCAGAGGUGCUAUGGGGCGAGCCACCACGUCCCCACCAAAGUGCCCUCAAAGAACCAGACCAAACUGGCCAAUGGGGAAACGGAGGUGCACCACAGGCCCAAGCGUGGCUGGAUCUGGAACCAAUUCUUUGUUUUAGAAGAACACAUGGGACCAGAUGCACAGUAUGUGGGGAAGCUUCACUCAAACUCAGAUAAAGGUGAUGGAUCUGUCAGGUACAUUCUGAGCGGGGAAGGAGCUGGGACUAUAUUCAUCAUCGAUGAAGUGACGGGAGAUAUUCAUGCCACUAAGAGUCUGGACCGGGAGAGGAAAUCACAUUAUGUCCUGCAUGCGCAAGCCUUGGACCGCAACACAGAGGAAGCCCUGGAACCAAAGUCGGAAUUCAUCAUCAAAGUACAAGACAUCAAUGACAAUGCGCCCAAAUUUCCAGAUGGACCCUUUGUAGCUACGGUGCCAGAGAUGUCUGAAGUGGGCACAUCUGUGUUUCAAGUCACGGCGAGCGAUGCUGACGACCCCACCUACGGAAACAGUGCCAGAAUAGUCUACAGUAUCCUACAAGGACAGCCAUAUUUCUCUGUCGACCCCAAAACAGGAAUCAUCAGGACUGCCUUAGCCAACAUGGACCGCGAAGCCAGAGAACACUACCCUGUUGUUAUCCAAGCCAAAGACAUGGCUGGCCAGGUUGGAGGCCUCUCUGGUUCCACCACGAUCAACAUCACGCUGACAGACGUCAACGACAACCCGCCCCAGUUCCCCCAGAAAAAUUACCAGCUGUACGUCCCUGAAUCAGCUCAAGUCGGGAAAGCGGUGGGGAAGAUCAAAGCCAAUGAUGAGGACCUUGGCAUCAAUGCAGACAUCAAGUACAGCAUCAUUAACUCAGAGGGAGCCAACAUGUUCUCCAUAUCCACGGACAGAGACACAAGGGAGGGAAUCAUCAGUCUCAAAAAGCCUCUGAACUACGAGAGGAAGAAGACCUACACGCUGCACAUCGAGGGGACGAACACACACACGGAUCCUCGUUUUUCCUACCUUGGCUCUUUCAAAGACACCGCCACCCUUAAAAUCACAGUCGGGGACGUGGACGAGGCCCCCAUCUUUUCUAUGGAUUAUUACAUACUGGAUGUUUACGAGAACGCGUCGAGCGGCACGGAGGUGGGCGCGGUAACGGCCCGGGAUCCCGACAGCAGGAAUAGUCCUGUCAGAUACUUCCUGGACAGCAAAGAGGACGGAGUGAGGUACUUCAGAAUCGACGAGAGCAGCGGAGUCAUACGUACGACGCAGCCUCUGGACAGAGAGGACAUGCCCUGGCACAACAUUACUGUGAUGGCUUCGGAGGUUGACAACCCCAGCCUUCUCAAUCACGUUCCUGUUACCAUCCAGGUCCUGGACGUGAACGACAAUCCGCCAGAAAUAGCAACCAACGAGGAAGUCAUUGUGUGUGAGAGCAUAGGGCCAGGGCAGGUGAUCCAGACUGUCACAGCAGUGGAUAAGGAUGACUUUGCCAAUGGACAGAGGUUUUCCUUUGCUCUGCCGAGCCAGCUACCACUUAAUCCCAACUUCACCCUGAAGGACAAUGAAGACAGCACGGCCAACAUUGUUGCCAGGCGGCGGCGCUUCAACCACUUGACGCAAGAGCUGUACGAGCUUCCCAUCGUGGUGUGGGACGGUGGGGAGCCGUCGCUGAGCGGCACCAGCACCUUGACCCUGCGGGUGUGCCCGUGCCGGCGCCACGGCAGCAUCCGGAUGUGCCAGGGCGAGGCGUUCCUCUCCUCCGCGGGCCUCAGCACCGGGGCCCUGAUUGCCAUCCUGCUGUGCAUCGUCAUCCUGCUGGCAAUCGUGGUUCUCUUCAUCACGCUGAGACGGAGCAAGAAAGAACCCCUCAUCAUCUCUGAGGAGGACAUCAGAGAGAACGUGGUCACCUACGAUGACGAGGGCGGAGGCGAGGAGGACACGGAGGCCUUCGACAUCAUUGCUCUCCGUAACCCGGCGGCUGCAGAGGAGCUCAAGUUCCGACGGGACAUUCGCCCCGAGGCAAGGAAACAUUGCGGCCCGCCACGCAGCUGCCGGAGCCCGUCCGUGGAGCUGGAUGAGGUGGACGUGCACGAAUUCAUCAAGCAGAGACUGGUGGAGGCCGACUUGGACACCAGCGUGCCGCCUUACGACUCCCUACAGACCUACGCCUACGAGGGUCAGGGCUCGCCCACAGGGUCCAUCAGCCCAUUAGACUCUACCGGCACACAGUCGGAGCAGGAUUAUAACUACCUGGACGACUGGGGACCGGAGUUCCAGAAACUUGCAGAACUCUACGGAGAGGCAGAGUCAGAUGUGACGACCUAGUCUGUGAUUUCACCCUUGUUGGAACCAAAUCUGUUUGUUUUUUUCAGAUUUCCAGCGAAUGAUACGAACAAACAGACUUUCAAACUGUUUUGGUGGUUUUCGACUUCUACUGUUGAACUGGGAAAAAAAAAAAAAAGACCGCUCAACUUUUUUUGUUUCGUUUUUGUUUUUCCGGUUUUUGUCGCAUCGGAUCAUGGGUUGUUCAUCUGGAAGUAUGAAAUCAGAUUUUAAGAUGAAAGAACAUAAAUACAGGGGAAAAAAAGGAAAAUGAUAUUUCCCUUGGUGUAUAUUUUUUAAUGCUCAAUAAAGUCCUGAAAUCCAUUUGAGUGGAUAUGUGAA